UUCAUGGUUGAUGGAUAUGUGUCUCUCUUAUACAGUAUCAGCGAUAAACCCUUAGAAUAUUGGAGUAAGCAACAUUCUCAGUCAGGACGUAUUCGUAAGAUCUUGGAUUCGGACUUGUUAGAAAAUGUUAUCGAGAUACAGGACUUCGAACAGCCUCAUGGUUAUGGAACCUCCGUCAUCUGUCCCCCUGAUUCCUCUCAGUUUCUCAAUAUCGAAUUGCCAAUUCUAGUUAUAGUGAUAAAAAACUUGAACCUACAGUGUCGUAUACAAGUGCAGGUUGCGGAUACUCAAAAUUGUCUUCAUCACUUUCAAUUCACCAACGCGGAGAACGAGAAACAAAGCUCCAGGGGUGUGAUUUGUCGCGUGAGAGCGAAAUUAGAAACCGGUUGGAACAAGUUAGAGCUGAAUCUGUCUAACCUAACGCAAACCGCCUUUAAGAGAGAGUAUGCCGUCACGCAGAGGUUGCAAAUUUGCGGGAACUGUCGUCUGCGUCGAAUAUAUUUCAUAGACAAACACUACGAGGACCAAGAAGUUUGUCCAAAAUUAUACCAAAGUUUCCUCGAUUCGUACAUGCUGAAAUGGGGUAUUCAUAAAGUAGAAAGAUCGACGCAGACUAGUUCGAAAAGGAACAAAAGUAAGGUUAAGGGAGGCAAUACUUUAAGGAUCACGAGACAAUUAAGCGGCGAGAAUUUAAGCAGCGGUGAAACGAGAAAUAGCAGUCCUAAGAAUGUUGCUGGACAGAGGAUAAUUGACGAGAAUUUUCUGAAGAAUUUGCAGCUGAAAACUGACAUACUGAUCAGUGACUUCUUGGACAGACAAAACACCAAAUUGCCGCGUACUUUUGAACUUAAACAGAGUACCAGGUUGAAACCGUACGCUUUUCCAACACUAGCCCCGAAACAAAGACCGUUCAAUUCCACUUUCAAUUCUGAAGAUGCACUGAAGAAAAUUGGCAUUUUGAGAACGUUCACGGAGACCUACAUAUGCAACGAAGAGAAACGUAAAGAGAACAACGUUGUGAAGAGUAUACAAGAGAAUUGGAGGCACAGGUACUUCCUUCCUAAGGAUGAAUUGUCGAACAAUACUGAUUCGUUGAAACAGACUACGAAGAGGACAAUGUUGGAACGCAAACCGAAAUCUUUGCUCGUACUGUCUGAAUUGAAAUCUAGUUCUGCGAAACCAGUAACAAGAAAGAACGUGGAGAUGACUAAACGUAACGAAAGCGAUACGGUUAUUAAUUAA